AUGGAGAAAUAUAGCCGAAGGAAUACAUAUGAGUACAAAAUCAGAGAGUCCGGGUUUGAUGAGCUUCAGAAGCUUGGUUUCAUGUUGAUCGGUGAGCAGAAUGAUGUCUUCAAGAGGGCUUAUGGUAAUUUGUCGGGUGUCCUGACGACCAAGAUAGAUUCGGGGUUGAUCCUUACUUUUGCCCAGUUCUAUGAUCCCACGCUGCAUUGUUUCAUGUUCCAGUAUUUUCUCCUAGCUCCUACUCUAGAGGAGUUUGCUCAUAUUGUAUGUAUUCCAGUUAGAGAUCAGAUUCCUUACAUGGGUGUUGUUGGAUUUCCAAAGGUUACUUUGGUUGCUCAAGCUCUUCAUCUUGAGAAGAACUUGGUUAAGUCUAAUCUUCGUACAAAGGGAAACGUCAAAGGUUUUACUUCAAAAUUUCUUUUUAAGAAGGCCACUUUGUUUGAUAGUAGUGGAAGUUGGGAUGCCUUCUUUGUUGUUUUCUCUCUCCUUAUUUAUGGGUUGGUUCUCUUUCCGAAUAUUGAACGGUUCGUUGACAAAACUACUAUUACUAUUUUCAUCUCCAAAAAUUCAACGCCUACUCUCUUAGCCGAUGUUUUCUUUUCUUUCCAUUGGAGAAACCAGAAAAGAGGUGGGAUGAUUCAUUGUUGCAUUCCUUUGAUUUACAAGUGGAUUUUGACUCACUUGCCAAGAAGAUGA